CAGCGCGGGGCCCUGUGACGUCAGCCGCUCCCCUGCGCUCCCUCUAGCAGCCAGUCAGAGAAGGGAUGCUCUGAACGCAAGACUGCAGCAUCUUCACCGAGAGAACGAGCAGGAAAAAACGUCUCUUUCUCUGCGUGUUCCUCCAGCUCCUCGUCUCCGGACUCUCCUCAAACACCCCGCCGCCCCUGGGUGUCUUCACGAUCGGAGCCAGGACAGCAUAAGAAGAAAGAAAUCCUUAUAGCCUAUCAGUAACGCAUCGGAUUUCUUUUUUGUAUUGUUAUUGCUUCACUGACCUCUCCUUUCUUUCUUCUUCCUUCGGUUGAUUUCGCCUCUUUGGUCCUUCGGUUGUUGUUGUUUUUUUUGUUUUGUUUUUGUUUUGUUUUAUUUAUUGCUCGCUGGCUGUUGCGGAGGAGCGCCACCAUCCUGCACUGCCUGACAUGAGUACGCUCUUUUAUCCAGUUGCAGCGGAAUGACACACAUAUCCUAGCCCGCAUAUCAGAAGGUUGAUGGAAGAUUGACGCUCCAUUUGCACGUUUUUAGUAGCCUAGAUCUCUCUCCAUCUGCAGAGGUUUUGGAUUUUUCCCCCCUCUGAGCCGAUCAUCCGCCGCUCCAGCGUUUCUUUCUUUCUCCCUGCGCAGCAUCUCUGUACGCACGGCGCACCACGGAGAAACGCGCAGCUAACCUUCCCCGUCCGUAAGAAACAAGCGUAUUUUUCCAAUUCCUAAAUCGCUUUCGCCUUCUCUAAGGACUCAUCUGCACGGCUACGCUGCGUAAAAAAAAAAACAACGGGAAAAGGGGGGAUUUAAACGCAAACGCAGCCCAAGCAUCCAAGAGCAAGCUCGAAAAUGAUGGCCGGCGGAGCUGUACAGCAAAACGGGAUUUUCUCAAAUCCUCAUCAUCACAAUCAACAACCACACAUGGAGUCCGAUCCCCCGGACUCGCGUAAAAGACCCCUGGAGACUCCGACGGAGGCCAGCAGCACCAAACGCACAAACACGGGAGUGGCCUUCCUGCAGCCCCUAUUUGAAACUGAAGGCAUUGUAUUCCCUCACCAAGAAACUGAGACUCAUGAGGAAGGCGAGUACUUCCUGAAGGUUUUGAUUCCCAGCUAUGCGGCGGGUUCGAUCAUCGGGAAGGGAGGUCAGACCAUCGUCCAGCUGCAGAAAGAGACUGGAGCCACCAUCAAACUGUCCAAAUCCAAAGACUUCUACCCCGGGACGACAGAGCGGGUGUGUCUGAUCCAGGGGACAGUGGAGGCGCUGAACGGCGUCCAUGACUUCAUCGCUGAGAAGGUGAGGGAGAUGCCUCAGAGCACCCAGAAGACAGAGCCGGUCAGCAUCCUGCAGCCACAGACCACCGUCAACCCCGACCGCGUCAAACAG